AUGCAGCAUGAGGAACAGUUGCAGAAACUUGAGGUUGAGCUGCGAGAAGUGACAAAGAACAAGGAGAAAUUGAGGAAGAACUUGCUUGAACUGAUUGAGUACACGCAUAUGCUGCGAGUGACCAAAUCUCUCGUCAAACGCAACGUUGAGUUUGAACCCACUUAUGAAGAAUUCCCUCCCUUAGAGAAUGAUUCUUUACUGGACUACAGCUGCAUGCAGAGGCUGGGAGCGAAACUGGGGUUUGUGUCUGGCCUUAUUAACCAAGGAAAAGUUGAAGCAUUUGAGAAAAUGUUGUGGAGGGUCUGCAAAGGGUAUACCAUUGUGACCUACGCUGAGCUGGACGAGUCCCUUGAAGACCCUGAAACAGGAGAAGUCAUAAAAUGGUAUGUGUUUUUAAUAUCCUUUUGGGGCGAGCAGAUUGGCUACAAGGUUAAGAAGAUAUGUGAUUGUUACCACUGCCACAUUUACCCCUACCCAAACACCGCGGAGGAGCGGAGGGAGAUCCAGGAGGGGCUCAACACCCGGAUUCAAGAUCUUUACACCGUGCUGCACAAAACCGAGGAUUACCUGAGGCAGGUGCUCUGUAAAGCGGCCGAGUCAGUGUACAGCCGCGUGGUCCAGGUGAAGAAGAUGAAGGCCAUCUACCACAUGCUGAACAUGUGCAGCUUCGACGUGACCAACAAGUGCCUCAUCGCUGAGGUCUGGUGCCCGGAGGCAGACCUGCCGGAGUUGCGCCGAGCGCUCGAGGAUGGCUCGAUUUGGAACUUGGCCACAAAUCGUCUCACUUUUCUAAACUCCUUCAAAAUGAAAAUGUCUGUGAUUUUAGGAAUUAUUCACAUGACUUUUGGAGUCACCCUGGGAAUAUUUAACCACCUGCAUUUCAGGAAGAAGUUCAACGUUUACCUGGUUUCCGUCCCGGAGCUGCUUUUCAUGCUCUGCAUCUUUGGGUACCUCAUAUUCAUGAUCAUCUACAAGUGGCUGGGCUAUUCUGCUGCAACCUCCAGAGUCGCCCCGAGCAUCCUGAUUGAAUUUAUUAACAUGUUUCUGUUCCCAGCGAGUGCAACAGUCGGUCUUUAUCCAGGGCAGGAGCACGUGCAGAGGCUGCUGCUGGUGGUCACGGCAUUGUCUGUCCCCGUCCUCUUCCUGGGGAAGCCCCUCUUCCUGUUAUGGCUGCACAACGGGCGCAGCUGUUUUGGAGUGAGCAGGAGUGGUUACACGCUUGUGAGGAAAGACAGUGAGGAGGAAGUGUCUCUGCUGGGAAGCCAAGAUAUCGAGGAGGGAAAUACCCAAAUGGAGGAUGGGUGUCGAGAAGUGACCAACGAGGAGUUUAAUUUUGGAGAAAUAUUAAUGACCCAGGUGAUUCACUCCAUCGAAUACUGUCUUGGCUGCAUCUCCAACACUGCUUCCUACCUGAGGCUCUGGGCACUCAGCCUGGCUCAUGCACAGCUGUCAGACGUGCUGUGGGCCAUGCUGAUGCGUGUGGGCCUCCGCGUGGACACCACCUACGGCGUCCUGCUGCUGCUGCCCGUCAUCGCGUUCUUCGCCGUCUUAACCAUUUUCAUCCUCUUGGUCAUGGAAGGGCUGUCUGCUUUCCUUCAUGCCAUACGCCUCCACUGGGUAGAAUUCCAGAACAAAUUCUACGUUGGUGCAGGAUAAAAUAACAUGGAACAGAUGGUUUUGCCAUUUGUAUGCGCCAUGGACGACCUGCGGGUGCUGUGGAUGCGCGACCGCGUGUACAAGGCCUUCGACCUCACCGACCCUCAGCUGUUCGAGGAGCUGCUGUCGCGCAACGACGGAGAGGCCGAGGACGUCAUCCUGCACUUCCUCAACCAGACCAGCGAGGAGGAGACCGCCUCCGCCCUCUUCGUCUGCCGCACGGUGGUGCCUGAGGAGGUGGAGGUGGAGGUGGAGAUCGGUGAGCGCCCGCCGGCCCCGCCGCGCCCCUCCUGCCCUCGCCGACCUGAGGGCGGCAGACGCCUCCAUCGGGCUGGGCCUCCGCUGCAGCCGGUAACCGCUCACUACCGCCCGCGCUCCGCGAGCAGGCACGUCCUAGGCCGGGGCCGCCGGGCGCCUGCGUCCCGGGGCCCACAGCCCACGUGGGAAUCACACUUUGGAUGA